AUGUCUGACUAUUCGAAUGAGAGUAUGUUGCAGACGAGCGUCGCUAGGAUCGUUGCCGCCAAAGCCCGCCCAUUCUCCGUCUCUGGUCGUAUACCAGUCGAUCCUGCAAAUCUAACGCUGUUUUUUCGUACAAAGAGCGGAAUUACCCACUCUCUCGAUUUUCCAAUUGACGUAGAUUAUGACACACCACCAGCCCUUGACGUUCUCAUGGCUGCAUGCCACCCGUAUCAAUCUCCUGAAGACGAGUAUGCCGACAGCGAGUCUCUUUUCUACCCAUCUAAUCUCCCAUUGACGACCUCUCUCGAAAUCGCAAACCAUCCUAUUCUUGAGGCCCUCCGCAAUACGCUAUUUCCAAGUCUCCCAGGUGGGCAUUACUUGACUGCGCUCCGCGACAAACUUGAGAUCGUUGCCGCGGGGGCACAAAUGCCCCCACAACCACAAGAGAAUGAUUCUCGUGUUGCUACUGUCACUGUUACUCUACCUGUCAGAUUCCGCGGAGGCGCGCUCAUUGUGCGCAGUUCGGAUGGUGAAGAGGAACAAUACACGGGUCGUGGGGGCAAGAGCGGACAGAUGGAAUGGGUUGGGUACUUGGCCGAUUGCGAUGUUCAAGUGGAACCGGUGCAGAAAGGGUGCAGGGUGUCGAUAUCAUAUGCCGUGCACUUGAAGACCUUCGGCCCUUCGGGCGUACAGCCCGACCCUCUCAUUUCUCCGAGCGACUAUUUUCUGGAUCUACUGGCACCUGUUCUCAAUAUGUCUCGCGGGAGGAUGAUCGCAUUCUAUCUCAGCGGGGAUUAUCGUGUGAACCCUGCAGACGUACUCGCAGAGUCUCUCGUGCCGUAUCUGAAGGGCGGAGACUCUAUAUUGUAUCACGCUAUCAAGCUCUAUAAACUCUCUCCAGAACUCAGAUGGACAGCCGGCGGGUAUAUUUGGCCUGUUGAUCGAACCGUCGAAUGUGGUCCCGAAGUCGAGGGAAGCCCGUACAGUGCGGGUCGCAGAUCGCUCAACGGUAGUACCCGGCGCCAACCUGCUGUAAGAGGUGCGUUUAGCACAUACGGCGAAGAGGCAGAUGAAGAGGAGGAAGUCGAGAACUUGCGCAGCCGAGUGGAAGAGAGCGGCGCUAUCCCUCUUUCGGAGGCGGACAUCACUGUCUUGACAGACAAAACAUCGAUGCCGAUAUCAAAAGAGAGGGUACCUCUUGUGUCCGCUGGUGCGUUGGACAAGUUGAUUGUAAACAUCCUUUUGGUGGUGUAUGUUCCGUAA